AUAUCUUCUGUCAUCCGGUGUGGGACGGAGUUUUAUGUUGGCCUGCAACAAUACAAAACUCUACUGUUUAUCUGCCUUGUCCUUCGGAAAUAGGAUUGGAUAUAACGAAGUUUGCCAGUCGAAGAUGUGGAAUAGAUGGAUAUUGGGAAGGAAGUCCUUCUGUCUUAGGAAAACAAAAUAAUAAUAAUGGAUGGAGUAAUUACAUGGAUUGCUUUACUAAAGAGAUGAAAGGAGUUCUAAAUAAACUUUAUAAUAAAUCUAUUGACGAAGCAGAGGUUAAAGUUCAAAUAGCGAAAGCAACAAGAGUUGUAGAAAUGAUUGGUCUCAGCGUUUCUUUACUAGCUUUAAUUUCUUCUCUAGCUAUAUUUUUUUGGUUUAGUUGCCUGAGAAAUCGUAGAAAUCAUCUGCAUAAAAAUCUUUUUUCUGUAAUGUUGGCUCAAGUGGCCAUUAGGCUAACCCUGUACACAGAUCAAAUGAUAGUCCGAGUGGCCGUAGAUAAUCCUGUCGUUAGUCGAAGUUAUGUUAUCAGUAUCGAAAAAUCGCCAAUUGUUUGCGAGAUUUUCUAUAUUCUUUUGGAAUAUUCGAGAACUGCUGUCUUCGUGUGGAUGUUCCUCGAAGGUGUUCAUCUCCACAGCAACGUAUCUGUUGUAUUUCCAAGUAAAGUUCGUUUGAUUUACUUCCAUUUAGUAGGAUGGGGUGUACCAACCAUAUUAGUGAUUAUUUGGGCAACUGUUAUGAUUACCAGAUACACAAAUACACAAUGUUGGUGGGGUUAUUCUUUAAGUCCAUUUUUCUGGAUCUUAGAAGGUCCAAGGAUGCUUAUAGUUCUGAUAAAUUCAGUUAUUCUUCUUAAUAUUGUCUGCGUUAUUGCCAAUAGAGUUCAAACUAGUAAUAAUUCUGAAGUUCAGCAAAUUCGAAAAGCCGUCCGAGCUACAUUAUUGCUUCUUCCUCUUUUGGGGAUUCCAAAUUUAUUGGAUAUCAUCCCAGCUCCCUUAGAACGGUCUCCUCUACAAUUUGCUGUAUGGUCAUAUACAACACAUAUCUUAUCUUCGUCACAAGGAUUUUUCAUUGCUUUUCUCUACUGCUUUCUCAAUCGCGAGGUUCAGGUUGCAGUUCAUAAGCAGUACAGGUCUUGUUUAUCGACGUCUUUUAGAUCAGCUUAGAAGAAUGAAAAUAAGAAGAAUCGAAAAUCCAUUAUGAAAACUUUCUCGUUGUUCUCAAUUGUAUCAUUGACUGUGAUUUCAGUUCGGCAUUCAGAGCUAUAUAAUGAAAACGAAAUAUUUAUUUAAUACAAUAAAUUUCAUGACAAAAAAAUGAAUGUGAAUUUUUGAUUUAAAUAACAGCAAUUUCACUACAACCAUAAAUAGCACAAUUAGAACAAAGCACAAACUCGCGCGACAAGGAUACGUCACACACACAGACACACAAAGAUACAUCAUACACUUACAGGGGGGUAUCUUUGUCUGUUAAACGACAUAUGUCAAACGUUACUCUGUAAAAGAAAGGAAACGACAGAGCAAGAAGAAUGACCAGCCUUAUAAAUAGAGUACCAUCACACACUUGAUCCAGAGUGGGGUCACCGCACUCUCUGAGGGUCAAGGUGAAUGACACCUGCCAUCUAGUGGGAAAGCCCGAAGCUAGUGGGACAGAGCAUU